ACCGCGGUCACGUGGCCAACGCCGCGCCGUCGCGCUUCCGGCCCCGUCGCGGUCACGUGGCGUCGCGCGCAGGACGGCGGGCGUGGCGCCGUUGCCAGGCGGCCGUUGCUAAGCGCGCGCUGCGUGCCCAGCGUGGAGCGCGCGGUGGCCGAGGCGGGAAGUGCGAGCGGCUACGCCAUGGCGAAAGUGUGGCAGCACCCGUUCCUCAACGUCUUCAGACACUUCCAGGUGGGCGAGUGGAAGCGCUCCACUAAGGAAGGCGAUGUGGCUGCGGUGACCGAUAAGACUCUGAAGUGCACCGUGUACCGCAUCCGGGGUCCUGUCUCUGCGGGCAGUUACAUCCAGCUGCCCAGAACCAGCACCCAGUCUCUGGGGCUGACAGGCCGGUUCCUCUACGUGCUAUUCAAGCCCCUGCCAGCCAAGCACUUCGUCAUCCACCUGGAUGUGGCCACCGAGGACAGCCAGGUCAUCCGUGUGUCCUUCUCCAACCUCUUCAAGGAGUUCAAGUCUACGGCCACGUGGCUGCAGUUUCCCUUCAUCUGUGAGGCUGGGUUUUCUUUAAAAGAGCCGGGCGGUGUCGCUCCCUCUGGUCCCCGGUGGACAUGCCUACAGCUGGACUUGCGGGACGUCCUGCUCCUGUACCUGAACCGACGCUACAGCCACCUCAAGAGUGUCAGGCUGUGUGCUAGUCUGCUGGUGAAGAGCCUCUACACCAGCGACUUGUGCUUUGAGCCUGCUGUCAGCACUGCUGAGGCGCGGCGGGCGAAGCUGUCUGUCGUACCUGUACCGCGAGAAAUGGCAUUCCCGGUGCCAAAGGGGGAGAGCUGGUAUGACCACUAUGUCCACAUCCGGUUUCCCAGAGACAGCUUCAGUGCGUCCUCCAAGCUGGUUCAGGAGAGUUCUUCGCCUCCUGAGGCAGACUUUCUGGGGCGCGCGCCGAAGGUUCUCUCUCACCCAGUGGCUUUCAGCAAUCCCCUCCAGGACCGCGUGCUCUCUGUGGUGCAGGCUCCCUCAGAGCCCAGGCCCCUUCCAGAGGUCAGCGUGUUCUGUGAGCGCUCAGAGCUCCCCAGUGUGAAUGGCCCCAGUGACCGUAUCCAAGAGCCCUCAGCCGGGCCGGAGGUCACUGGCAAGCAUGCAGCUGGCAGGGGUGUUCACGUGCCCACUCCUGAGCGAACUGUGGUGCCCGUGGCCCCGGAGGGUGUGGCCGUGCACGAGAGCCUUCUCCCGGAUCCCGUCCUGCGGCUCAAGGGAGUCAUCGGCUUUGGGGGCCACACCACCAAAUGGGCUCUGUGGACCAAGGACGGCGCUGCUGUGGUGUAUCCCUGCCACGCGGCCAUCGUCGUCCUGCACCUUGACACCCGGAAGCAGCGCUGCUUCCUUGGCCACACGGACAAGGUUUCUGCCCUGGCUCUGGAUGGGAGCGGCUUGCUGCUGGCCUCGGCCCAGGCCCGGCCCCCCAGCAUGCUGCGCCUCUGGGACUUCCAGACCGGGGAGUGCCUGUCUCUGUUCCAGAGCCCAGCCCAUGCCCUCUGUUCCCUCAGCUUCUCUGACGGUGGGGCGCUGCUCUGCGGCGUCGGCAGGGACCGCCACGGGAGGACGGUGGUGCUGGCCUGGGGCACAGCCCAGGUGGGACGAGGCGGUGAGGCAGUCCUUCUGGCAAAGGCGCACACCGGAGUUGACAUCCAGGCAUUUGAGGUGGCCUCUUUUGACGAAAGCAGGAUGGCAUCGUGCGGGCAGGGCAGCGUGCGGCUGUGGCGGCUGCGAGGGGGGGAGCUACGUUCCUGCCCUGUGGACUUGGGGGAGCACCGCGUGCUGGAGUUGACUGGUCUGGCCUUUGGACAGGCCCAGGAUGGUCAUAUGCUCUAUGUGUGCAGUCGUAGCGGCCACAUCUUGGAGAUCGACCCCCGGCGCAUGGCUGUGCGUCACGCACGCCGGCUCCUGCCCGCACGGCCCCCUGAUGGCCCCGCCUCACAGAAGCAGGCGUUCAGCUCGGGCCCUGGCAUUUCCAUCAGCAGCCUCAGCGUUUCCCAGGCCAGAUGCGCCGUGGGCUCUGAGGACGGUUACCUGCGCCUCUGGCCGCUGGACUUCUCCUCUGUGCUUCUGGAGGCAGAGCACGAGGGCCCAGUCACUUCAGUGUGCAUCAGCCCCGAUGGUCAGCGUGUGCUGUCCGCCACGUCCUCCGGCCUCCUGGGCUUCCUGGAUGUCCCAUCCCAGGAGUACAGCGUGCUGGUUCGCUCCCACACCGCUCCGGUGCUGGCCCUGGCCACCGAGGGCAGCCGCGGCCAGCUGGCCACAGUGUCCCAGGACCACACUGUCCGCGUCUGGGACCUGGUGACCUUGCAGCAGCUUUAUGACUUGCGGUCCCCUGAGGAGGCCCCGUGUACCGUCACCUUUCACCCCACGCGGCCAGCCUUGUUCUGCGGCUUCAGCAGUGGGGCCGUCCGCUCCUUCAGCCUGGAGGCUGCUGAGGUGCUGGUGGAGCACAGGUGUCACCGAGGACCUGUCACUGGCCUGGCCACCAGCCCCGACGGCAGCCUCCUGUUCAGCUCUUGCUCCUCGGGCACCUUGGCCCAGUACCAGUGCGUCAGCGCCCCAUGCCGCGUCUUGCGUGUGGCAGCUAACGUGGUGUGCCGGGACGCCCACCCGACUCCCAAUGCCCUGGCGGUUAGCGGGGAUGGCCGCCUGCUGGCCUUCGUGGGCCCUUCCAAGUACGUGGUGACCGUCAUGAACGCAGCCUGCCUAGAGGAGCUGCUGCGAAUCGAUGUCAGCGCCCUGGACCCGGCCAGCAGCUGCCUAGACUCAGCCGUGGCCAUCUGCUUUGACCCUGGACCUCUUGGCCACCUGUUGCUGUCCACAUCCUCUCACACAGUCACGGUGCUGGAUACCGCGUCGGGCCGUGUGGUCCGGGAGCUGCCAGGCGUCCACGCUGUGGCCUGCCCCUCCCUGGCGCUCAGCAGGGAUGCCCGCUUCUUGCUGAUGGCCGCCAACCGGGCCAUCAAGGUGUGGGACUACGUGACGAAGUCCUGCCCCAGCUGCCAGGUAUAUAUUGGCCACUCAGAGCCUGUACAUGCCGUGGGCUUCAGCCCUGACCAGCAGCAGCUUCUCAGCGUGGGGGAUGCCAUCUUCCUCUGGGACAUUCUGGGUCCCCCAGAGAGGUCAGCCCCAGGAAGUGCUAGAGACUCGCCUGCGGCCGCCCCGACCUACAAAACUAGCCUGGAUGCAAGGCAGCUGGAGGACACGGUGUGUGGGGCCAACGGGCUCCCCCGGCAGCAGGUGCCUGAGCCAUCCCCAGCAUCCCCGCUCCAGCCAGGCGUCUGUGUGGGGUCCUUCAAGGGUGACAACGAUGCCUUCUCCUUGUCGGAUGAAGAAGGAGUCUCUGAAGAGAGCCACAGCCCCGCGCGACUCUGUCAGGCCUCAUGCCUGCCCAUGCUGGUGAAAGAGGCCAGCAGGGCUGGAGAUGGGGUCUGGGGGUCUCCAGGGGGCCCCUGGGGCCUCAGCAUGGGUCCCCACCCCCAUAGCUGGUCCAGUGCUCACAGUGUCAGCAAAGCUCAGGUCCACCCCUCUGCUCGCCCAGACUGCUACAGGCACUUCCUGGCACGCUAUAAGACCCCCCUGCUGGCCAAGAGUGCCUCUGUGUCCAACACUGGCGUGGAGCGUCUGCUGCUGAAGGUCGUCGUGGGCUACAACGGGAACGGCCGCGCCAACGUGGUCUGGAAGCCAGAUACAGGCUUCUUUGCCUAUACAUGCGGCUGCCUGGUGGUGGUGGAGGACCUGCAUUCUGGCGCCCAGCGACACUGGCUCGGCCACCCUGAGGAGAUCUCCACCCUGGCCCUCAGCCACGGUGCUCAGGUCCUGGCCUCAGCCUCGGGCAGCUGCGGCACUGCCUCCCGCUGCCACAUCUGCAUCUGGGACGUGCCUGAGGGCUCCUGCCGGCACUUCCUCUCUUUCCACAGGACCACCGUGCAGGCUCUGGCAUUUUCGCCAGACGAUGAGCUCCUUGUCACACUGGGGGACUAUGGCGACCGCACUCUGGCCCUGUGGAGCACGGCCACUUAUGAGCUCCUGUCUUCUACCCGCCUCCCGGAGCCAGUGCACGGUGUGGCCUUUAAUCCCUGGGAUGCCAGUGAGCUGGUCUGUGUGGGCCAAGGUGCCGUUAGUCUGUGGCUCCUACAGCGGCGCGGGACCGAUGUCAGCCUCCAGGGACACCAAGUGCCCAUCCCCGAGGAGGUGAGGGCGGGUGAGCUGACUUCGCUCUGCUAUGGGCCCGUACCUCUGCUGUACUGCGGCUCCAACGCUGGCCAGGUCUGUGUCUGGGACACAAGUGCCGGCCACUGCUUCCUGGCCUGGGAAGCCGACGACGGAGUGCUGCUGUGUUCGGGUGCACGGCUGGUCAGUGGCAGCAACACCAGGCGGCUGCGCCUCUGGGCGGUGGGGGCCGUGGCGGAGCUGCGGUGCGAGGGCUCGCGUGCCAGGUCUAGCUCUGUGUUCAUGGAGCGUGAGCUGACCUUGGACGGGGCUGUCGUGAGUGCGGUCUUCCACGACAGCAUGGACAUGGGCGUGGUGGGCACCACGGCAGGCACGCUCUGGUACGUUAGCUGGGCCGAGGGCACCAGCACCCGCCUCAUCAGCGGCCACGGGAGCAAGGUGAAUGAGGUGGUCUUCAGUCCCAGCGCGUCCCACUGGGCCACGUGCAGUGAUGACGGGAGUGUGAGGGUGUGGUCCCUGGCCAGCAUGGAGCUCCUGAUCCAGUUCCAGGUGCUGAACCAGGUACCGGGGGCCCUGAGGGCCGAACCAGACCCCCCUCCUAGCCCUGCCUGGUCUCUGUGUCCUCCCUCGGUGUCUAUCCCAGCCUUGGGGCUGGGCCCGUGUUCCCCACGCCCAGGGGAGUGCCCAUGUCUUCCUCCUGUGGGCCCCCAGAGUUGCCUCUGUCUGGCUUGGAGCCCCCCCUCCUGCAGACACCCAGAGCAGCAGCAGGUGGCGGCUGGCUACAGUGACGGCACCCUACGUGUCUUCAGCAUCACCCGCAUUGCCAUGGAGCUCAAGAUGCACCCCCACCGGGCUGCGCUGACGGCCCUGGCCUACUCCGCCGAUGGUCAGACCAUCCUCUCUGGAGACAAGGAUGGGCUUGUGGCUGUGAGCCGCCCCUGCACAGGGAUGACGUUCCACGUCCUGAGUGACCACCAGGGCGCUCUCAUCUCCACCAUCCAGAGCACGAGCAAAGAGUAUGGAGACUUCGGGUCAGAGGGGGCCGAUCUGUGGCUGGCUGCCAGCUCAGACCAGCGCAUCAGCAUCUGGGCCGCCGACUGGCCGCGGGGCUGCUGCGAGCUCGUGGACUGGCUCAGCUCCCCAUCGCCCACGCUCAUGGAGGCUCCCAGCCAUCCCCCGCCCUGUCUCGUGGCCUUCUGCCCCUGGGACAGGGCGCUGCUGGUGUGCGCGGGCCUCAGCAUGCAUCCAGAGCUAGUCUUCUACAACCUUCACCAGAAGCAGGUGGUAGAGAGGAUCCCGCUGCCAUUCUUUGCCGUGUCCCUGAGCCUGUCCCCCGGGGCCCACCUCGUGGCAGUUGGCUUUGCCGAGCGAGUGCUGAGGCUGGUGGACUGUCAGUCGGGGGCCGCACGGGACUUGGCCGGCCAUGACGACGUGGUGCAGCUGUGCAGGUUUGCCCCGUCCGCCCAGCUGCUCUUCUCAGUGGCCCACGGUGACAUCUUAGUGUGGGAAGUCAUGGGCCACCGGGCCUCCGAGCGGACCUUGAGCUCAGGGCCUCCACCUGACUGAGAAGCGGGGUUGUCCGAGGGCCUCCUGCUGAGCCAAGAAGGCCUGGGUCUGUCCACGCCAGAGGGCCUGGGAUUGUCGGUCAUCGAGACCUUGAACUUAUGGAAGGUGCUUGCUGGGCUCUUCACCUGCAGGCUCUCCUAGGUCUCUACCUUGUAAACUUUAAAUAAACGUGGGUGUUGCAUUCUG